GGCAGCACCGCCUUCCCCCUCCCUCGCUCCAGCCCAGCCCCUAAUCACCAGGGGGAGAUCAUAAAAGGAGCCCCGCACCUCGUCUUCGCAUUCUGACCAACCCUCUCACUCUGGCUCGUGCUCUGACUCCCGCGCCAACAUGCAAGUCCUCAGGCUCCUUCCCGCUCUGACUGCGGUCUUGUUCCUGUCCCUACUCUUAUCCUCAGGAGCCCAGGAGAACCUGAUCAAGCCGCAGGUCUGGGUGCAUCCCCCAAACCCCGUGAUCCUCUCUGGCAGUUCAAUAGUCAUGAACUGCAGCACCGAUUGCGUCAAUCCCACUAAGAUCGGCCUGGAGACUAGGCUGAUGAAGAUCCUGGAGGGUGACGGGCCGAAUUGGAAAGCCUGGAGGCUGAGGAAUGUGACCUGGGAUAACAGUCCCCUGUGCUAUGUCAACUGCCCCGGGCAGAACCAAGGCAGCACCAGGGCUAACAUCGAGGUUUAUGAACCACCAAAGAACCUGGAGCUGAAUCUAGAGCCUUCUCAGGAGCAGUCUUCUCUCCCCUGGAUCUUUGUGGGCCAGAACAUCACUUUAAGCUGCCAUGUGGCAGGUGGGAGACCUCGGGAGAAUCUGAUGGUGGUGCUGCUUCGGGGAACCCAGGAGAUAAGCAGACAGCCUGUCCCAGACAAUACCUUUGACACCGUUAUUGUCAAAUUCUGGGUCAUAGCCAGUAGGAAGGAUGAUGAGGCCAACUUCUCCUGCCAUGCUGAGCUGAACCUUCAGUCAAGGGGACUACAGCUUUAUCAGAACAGCUCAGCGCCCCUGAGGUUCUACACCUUUGCCCUGGCACAAGAGCCCCCAGUGCUUGUGACCCCCAAGCUCCUGGAGGCUGGGACCAAAAAGCAGGUGAGCUGUGAGAUGGACAAGCUGUUUCCAGUGGAGAAAGCCCACAUACAACUGUCCUGGGGAGGGCAGAGGCUGAUUCAAGACAUUACCCGACAUGGAGACAUGCUAAGGGCCACAGCCACAAUCAUGGCGGCAAAAGAGGAGAAAGGUGAUAGAGAGCUGACCUGCAACGUGAGACUGGGAAAUGAAACCAGGAAUAUAUCAGAAGACCUGACAAUCUAUACCUUCCCACAACCUCGUCUGGUGGUCAGUGAGCCCAUCCAGGAAGGAUAUCGAGUAAAUUUGACCUGCGCGGCAGACCCCCCGGCCACGGUAAUGAUUGAGGGAGCCCCACGUGAUGAACCUGACAGGAUAUCCCUGAUAGUCCAGGAGAAGGACAAUGGGCGCUUGUUUACCUGCCAGGCCACCCUGAAAUUGCAGAAAGAGACGCUGCAUAAAAACAGCAGCCUGAAUCUAAAUGUCUUAUUCCCCCCAAAGCUGGAUGAGAAAUGCCCAGGAAACUGGACCUGGAAUGAGGGGACUGAGCAGACCCUACAGUGCAUAGCUAGAGGAAAUCCAGACCCCACCAUGAAGUGUGUCCCAGAAAACCAACAGACCGGGAUGCCAUUUGGGAUACCAACAACUGUCAUCCGGGCCUACAGUGGCACAUACCGCUGCACUGCUAACAACUCACUGGGAGUAGCCAACAAAGUCGUGUCAGUGGUUGUGAAGUUCCAGGAUGUGAACCUGAGACCAAUUCUCAUCGGCACACUGGUCAGCAUGGUGGCUGUGGGUAUUGUGAUCUCCGUGGGAUAUGUCUAUUACCGGCAGCAGCGGAUUAGAAGUUAUGAGCUGAAGAAGGCACAGGAGGCUAGGGCCUUGCAGCCUAUCAAGACAGAGGACAAACUGUGCCCCUAGAUGGUGUACCACCUUUCCCUGAACAAGCACUUUUUUUGGAGAGUCGGAGGGCUGGCUAACCACCUUGUUGAAGAAACUAGGAUGUGACCAAAGCCUGAAGCCAGGGCCAGGAAGUUGCCUGACACUCUUCCUGGGUCUCAGGACAUGUGAGGUCUAGCUUGAUCUCUGGGCCUGAGGUAGCCUGAAGCCCCUUUGGAGCCACAUACCAGGCUGGGCUGGGUAUGACUGGAUGAUGGGAAUGGGACUCAGGAACCCAGGGAGGGGAGUUGUAGGGCUGAAAAGAAUGUGACUGACUACUGAUCACCUGAGCCUGAGAAUGGACUUGGGGAUGUACCCAAUGACAUUGACAUGGGAGCAUAAGAAGGCUCGUGUGGAGCCUUGAGCCAGCACGGAAGGAAACACUAGCUGAGGACUGACUGACUGACAGCCUCAACACCUUGGACCUGGAGAGAGAUGCUGGAAUAAGAUAGAAAGGGGUAUCCUCACCCAUAGCUUGUCCUCUUCUCUACUCCUUCCAAUAAAACUUGACCAAUGUCUCUGACUCUA